AAUCGCGUCCCCUUUUACUCACACGGCACUUCCUGAUAUAAGCUUGCGCCUCUGAUUGUGUCAUGCAACGGGGCAUUGGCUCUCAAAACAAGCCAAACAAAGAUCUUUCAGGCUGUCUUCCCCGUUUCUCCCAGAGUAGUUGAAGAAGCGACUUUUUCAGACAGGGUGUAACCUUGGCAAACAAAAUGGACUACAGGAGUGCCUUGGAGGUGUAUAAGGAGAUGGUGCUGCUGUACAUAGAGGAGGCUCGGCGCUUUGUGAAUUCUCAAUGUGCUGGUCUAGAGCCAUGGCAGAUCAUUGCAACCACUUUGCUGUCCACACUCGGUGCCGUGUGGCUAAAGGGCUUCCUUUUUCAACAAGACAGCCUGACGUCAAGAGCAAAGAAACAAUUCUUUAAAAUCAUCAGAAAAAUCCCAUUUGUCGGAGCAACAAUUCAGAAUCAGCUCAACAAAGCAUUGGAUGACAUGUCAGUGAGUCUGUGCACACUGAAGGAAGGCAUGAGCUACACCAAACUCCUGCCGGCACAAGGCCUCACCCAAAAACAGCUCCUUGACAAGAUCAGGGAGUACGAGACGCUGAGUGAGGUAGACUGGGCGAAAGGCAAAGUGUCAGGUGCAGUCUACUGGGGGGAUGAGAAGCUCACAGAUCUCCUGGUGAAGGUGUAUGGUGAUUUUGCCUGGUCCAACCCCCUCCACCCAGACCUGUUCCCUGGGGUUAGGAAGAUGGAGGCAGAAGUGGUGCGGAUGACGUGUGCUCUAUUUAAUGGAGGGCCAGACUCCUGUGGCACAGUUACUUCAGGUGGAACAGAAAGCAUCCUGAUGGCAUGCAAGGCAUACAGAGACAUGGCUCAUGAACGUGGCAUCAAACACCCAGAGAUCAUUGCUCCAGUUAGCGUCCAUGCGGCCUUCGACAAAGCUGCACAUUACUUUGGGAUGAAGCUCAUUCACAUACCUCUGGACAAGAAGACCAUGAAAGUUGAUGUGAAGGCCAUGAGGAGGGCCAUCUCUAGAAACACAGCAAUGCUGGUGUGUUCAGCUCCUCAGUUCCCUCAUGGAAUUAUAGACCCUGUAGUAGAAGUGGCGACGCUUGCUGUAAAAUACAACAUCCCAUUCCAUGUGGAUGCAUGCUUGGGUGGGUUCCUGAUAGUUUUUAUGGAAAAAGCAGGUUUUAAACUUGAUCCUUUUGAUUUCCGGGUCAAAGGCGUGACCAGUAUCUCGGCCGAUACACAUAAGUAUGGUUAUGCUCCCAAAGGCUCCUCAGUGGUGCUCUACAGUGACAGGAAAUAUCGCCACUACCAGUACUUCGUAGCGCCAGAUUGGCAGGGAGGAAUUUACGCAUCUCCAUCCAUGGCUGGCUCUCGGCCUGGAGGCAUAAUUGCAGCCUGUUGGGCUACUAUGAUGCAUAUGGGUGAGAACGGAUACGUUGAGGCCACCAAGAAAGUCAUUGAGACAGCCCGCAAAAUCAAAGCAGGAAUCCGUAAAGUAGAUGGGUUGUUUGUAUUCGGGGAUCCAGAGGUGUCUGUGGUGGCAUUAGGUUCCGAUGUUUUUGAUAUCUUUCGCUUAUCUAAUGCUCUGACUUCAAAAGGCUGGAAUCUCAACACUCUGCAGUUCCCAUCUAGCAUUCAUAUUUGUGUCACAAUGCUGCACACAAAGCCUGGUGUAGCAGAGCAGUUUGUCAGUGAUGUGAAGAGAGAAGUAGCCAUUAUCAUGAAGAAUCCUAAAGAGAAGACCACAGGAAAGGGAGCGAUCUAUGGCAUGGCCCAGUCCAUUCCUGACCGAUCAAUGGUGACCGAGAUCUCACAGGGCUUUUUGGACUGCCUCUAUAGCACUGAGGUGGCCAAGAUACAGAACAAGCACCACAAAAACCAUAAGAACCACAUGAAUGGGAACUCCAAAGUACACUGAGAUUGACUUCCAGGGUCUCCACCCUUAGCUGGCUGAAGGGAUGCUCACCGCAAUCAUCUAAUCAUUCAUUUACUUCAUUCAGUCAUCUAUUUACAACUAACUAUUUUAUGUAUAAGCCAUAGUCACCUGAUAUUUUGGGAUUUGUGACUGAGGAGCAACAGUAUCCUGUCUGUAAGACUAUGGAGACAGCUGCACAAGUUUCUGUGUGAAUCUGUGAAGGGUCUGGGACAUCUCAGUCUAAUUUUGGUGAGCAGUGAGUGCAGUUUUACUUGUUUCAUUUCUUCAGUUUCUUAUUUUUAUGACCUGUGCGCACCAUAUGUAUUUGAUCACACUCCCACUGUUAUUUUUGGAAGUGUUUUCUGACACUUAAACCUCAGGAUACCAGGGAAUAACAUUGUCACAAUGAUUUAACAUCUGGUGGUUAUUGACAAACAGUUUAGACAGUUUCUGGUAAUUAAAAAAUGCAGAUUAGGAUAAAACCCAUAAUAUGAUCAACAUGGAAAAACCAUAGUGUUAGUUUUUAAAUCAUUCCCAAUAGAAACUUGAAAACAUAACGGACCAUUUUAGGAUGGUAGGGCUGCUCAGGUGAACAUAUAUUACAAAUGUUUAGUUUUAUUUAUUUUAAAUCCCCCAUAUCUAGUAAAUAUUUGAUAUUCCAGUUGCAAAACAUCCAUCUUAUUGAAGAUAAAAUAUCUCACUGUUUUUAAAUGACCUGAUAUCAGGGCAAAACUUAAAUCCAUUGACCACGUUGUGAAGUCAAUAUUACCUGGUUCAAAUUCCCAUCCAUAUGGGUUUUUAAUUUCCACAUUUCACCCUAUCUACCUCAAAUCUAUUUAAAAUAAUUGUAAACUUAAUCAUUGUAUCCCUUUUGUCUAAAUCCUGAGAAAUGUCACCCAAGUGGACAUUUUGAUCAUCAGUCAAUGCCAUGCUCCAGGUUAUGGUACUCUCUUUCAUCGGGUUUUCAGAGAGUCAAAGACCCAGCUCUCUUUCCAAUUGAUUCAUGAGUGUUCCUUUGAGUUAUAUUUGUGUGUUGUUUUUGUUUGGUUUUUUUGUUCCAGCUUAACUCAACUGAAUGACAGCUAAGCCCUGGAACAACAAGAAGGGAAAUUAAUUUGUGCAUGAAGUCAGUGAAAUGAGGAAGUGAUGACAUGGUACCAUGGAAACAUCACACCAGUUCUUGUCAGCAAUGUAAUCCCAUAAGCACUCAUAACAUUUGUGACCACUGUGUGUUUUUUAUAUUUUAAAUCACUAAUAUAAUAUCUCAUAUUUCAAUGUUUUUAUUUUCAGUUCAGUAAUUUCCAUGUACUUUUUAAACCUCUUUUUGGGGGCUUUGAGUAGUAGGCAGGAUAGUUUUUUUUUUUUUUUUUCUAUGAUACCACUGUAGUACAGUGUAGUUUCAAGAACUGUAACAUGCCUUAGGCUAAGACAUAGAUGUGGAUUUUUGUCUUCAAAAAGUUACCCUUCUUGCCUAAAAUGAAGCAUUUUAAUGCCAUUAUGCAAUAGUCUGUAAUUACUGUAACUACUGAAACUGAGGCACCUUGUUCUGAAUAUUUGAAGCAUUACAUGACCUCUACGGUUAUGGUUGUAUGAAGCACAAAACUAACAGCAUUCACCUAAAUGCCUUUCACAGUCGUCAGGGUGUGUGCUAUUAGAUUAACAGUAGCUACAUCAGCCUCAGGGACUAGGCCUUUACCACAUCAUGCAAUCCAUUUCAAUUUUGUCCUGUAAUGUUUUGUUGUUCCUAUAUAAAUCAAUAAACAUGGUCCUAAAAAAAUA